CCCUCCCCAGCCCUCCCUUCCCACGCCCCAGUGCGCUGUGGGAUAGUGGCACUAUAAAGUAUAUCCUCUCUCGGAGAAAGAUAAGAAGCCCGAGACAGGAGGGGGAUGAAGAUGGCGGACGCCAAGCAGAAGAGGAAUGAGCAGUUAAAGCGAUGGCUGGGCUCGGAAACGGACCAGGAGCCUCCUGUUCUGAAAAAGAAGAAGACGAAGGUGAAGUUCGAUGAUGGCGCCGUGUUUCUGGCCGCUUGCUCAAGCGGCGAUACCGAGGAGGUGCUCCGAAUGCUUGACCGGGGCGCUGACAUCAACUACGCCAAUGUAGACGGUCUCACUGCCCUCCAUCAGGCAUGUAUAGAUGACAAUGUUGACAUGGUGACUUUCCUGGUGGAGCAUGGAGCCAGCAUCAACCAGCCUGACAAUGAGGGCUGGAUCCCCCUCCAUGCUGCAGCCUCCUGUGGAUACCUAGACAUAGCAGAGUAUCUCAUCAGCCAGGGGGCCAGUGUAGGAGUUGUGAACAGUGAGGGUGAGACACCUCUGGACAUUGCUGAAGAGGAGGCAAUGGAGGAGCUCCUGCAGAAUGAGAUCAACAGACAAGGGGUGGACAUCGAGGCAGCCCGGAAGGAGGAGGAGCGGGUCAUGCUGAGGGACGCCCGGCAGUGGCUCAACAGCGGCCAGAUCCAGGACAGCCGGCACACAAAGUCUGGAGGAACGGCACUCCAUGUAGCUGCUGCGAAAGGAUACGUCGAGGUUUUAAAGCUUUUAAUCCAAACAGGGUAUGAUGUAAAUAUUAAAGACUAUGAUGGCUGGACUCCUCUACAUGCGGCAGCACACUGGGGCAAAGAGGAGGCAUGUAGGAUACUGGUGGAGAAUCAAUGUGAUAUGGACCUCAUUAACAAAAUGGGCCAGACAGCUCUGGAUGUAGCAGACGAAGAUGUUCUGGGAUAUUUAGAAGAACUACAAAAGAAACAAAAUCUGCUAAUAGGUGACAAGGAAGAGGUUAAGAAAUCUCCUUUGAUUGUAACCACAACAACCACUGGGGAUAACAACCAACCACUGAAACCAAUCAAGAGCAAAGAAACGCUGCUUCUGGAGCCAGAAAAGAGCGCCCCGUGCAUUGAGCCUUUAGAACCAGAGAAGGUGGAUGAAGUAGAGGAUGGCAAGAAGGACGAAUCGAGCUGCUCUAGUGAGGAAGAGGACGACGAAGAUUCAGAGUCAGAGACUGAAGCAGACAAGAGCAAGCCUUCAGCAUCGGUGAGCAACAGCACGACGCCAGCCCCAACCAGCAUCGCCGUGUCCCCUCCAAGUAGCCCAACCAACCAGUUUGAUUGUAUUACUCCCCUCAUGCCUGUGGCGGAGCCAGGCUGUCCUGCAUUGUGGCGUCAAGGCUUGCGCAAAACUGGCAUUUCUCUAGUGCCCAAAAAACCUAUGGCCAUUCAAUCUGUUGGAAAGGUCUCAACUAAAGUGGAGGAAGAUAGGAAGGACGAGUCUCCAGCGUCGUGGCGGCUGGGUUUGAGGAAGACGGGCAGUUACGGGGCACUAGCGGAGAUCACAGCCACCAAGGAAGCUCAGAGGGAGAAGGACACGACUGGGGUGAUGCGCUCAGCGUCGAGCCCUCGCCUCUCCUCUUCUCUAGACAACAAAGACAAAGAGAAGGAAAAGGAUAAAGGAACUCGGCUUGCCUACGUCGCCCCCACCAUCCCCAGGAGACUGCCCAGCACUUCAGACAUUGACGAGAAGGAAAACAGGGACUCUACUGCUCUGAUACGUAGUGGCUCAUACACCCGGCGACGUUGGGAUGACGACCUGAAGAACAGCGAAGGAAGCGCCUCCACCAACCGACCUCCCAGCUACCAGCGCAGCACGUCCCACACACUAGCACUAGGGCGGAGCGGCAGCACGCGGGACGUGCCAGCCAAGUCUUCGUCCACCUCCAGCUUGGACCCUAACACCUGUAAUACUAAACCCUGGCAGCCACCCACCUCCCACUACCAGUCUUACAGCAUUUACCGCAGCGGCUCUUUUGGCCGAAGACACGAGGACUUGAGUUCCUCGAGCACCUCCAUCUCCACCCCCACGACCACCACCACCUCCUCAUCUGUUACCUCGCCCACAGGCCAUCGCGGCCUGCUCUCCAGCCUGGGCUCUUCCUCCACCCGCACUGGCUCCACCAGUCUAACCAGCAGGUACUGGUCAGAUGAGAGUGCUCAGAGGGAAAAGGAGAAGGAGAAGGAGUCUGCUGCGGUCAUUCCCACUAUGAACACUGGCUCCACCACGACCACCACAUCGACCACUACCACCACCGCCAUAUCUACAACUACCACCACCACUGGCAUUGUCACUGGCUCUGAAAGACGCAGGUCCUACCUGACACCAGUGCGAGACGAGGAGUCAGAGUCCCAGAGGAAAGCUCGCUCCAGACAGGCUCGACAGUCGAGAAGGUCCACCCAGGGUGUGACUCUGACUGACCUGCAAGAGGCUGAAAAAACAAUCGGCCGGAGUCGUCCCCCAAAGACCCGAGAGGAGGAGAAGGAGGAGAAAGAGAAGCAGGAUAAGGAAAAGCAGCAGGAGGAGAAGAAGGAGGUGGAGAUCAAGGAAGACGAUUACCGAUCGAAGUACCGCAGCUUCGAAGAGCGCUACCGGCCCUCGUCUUCCUCCUCGACCUCCGCCAUUUCCACAGUCAGCACUGGCUCCAUCCCGUACUCUAGCACCGCAUUGUCCUCCAGUUCCAGCUCCCUCAACAGGCCUAACAGUCUGACGGGGAUCACCUCCUCGUAUAGCCGUUCCUCCAGAGACACAGAAAAAGAAAUGGACAAAAAGGAGGAGGAGAAGGAAGGAGAGGACAAGUCUCAGCCCCGCUCCAUACGGGAUCGCAGGCGGCCCCGUGAGAAGAGACGCUCCACUGGAGUCUCCUUCUGGCCCCAGGAUGGUGAUGAAAACGACCCUGACCAGCAGUCCGACUCGGAGGAGGGCAGCACCAAGGGAGAGCCACAGAGUGACAGAUUGUCCAGGAAUGAGAGCAGCUCUUCAUCCAUAGAUCGCAUUGACACUCUUUGUAGCCGGGGCUAUGGCGAGAGUCGGAGGACAUACUCGAGCCGACUGGAUAGGGACGACACCACUGACUAUAAGAAGCUUUACGAGCAGAUCUUAGCUGAGAACGAGAAGUUGAAGGCCCAGUUACGUGACACGGACCUGGAGCUGGCAGACUUGAAGCUACAAUUAGAGAAGGCCACACAGAGGCAGGAACGCUAUGCCGACCGAUCACAGCUUGAGAUGGAGAAAAGGGAAAGAAGAGCUCUAGAAAGGAAGAUUUCUGAGAUGGAGGAGGAACUUAAGAACCUCCCCGAGGUAAAGCAGGUUCAGGCCCUGCGGCAGGUUAAGGAGCGGCUGCAGGCAGAGAACCGGGCCCUGUCCCGCGUGUUGGCAAAGCUCUCGCAGUCCGCCUGCAGCCAGCUGCCCGCCGUCGACCUCUAAGCCACGUCCGUCUGUCCACCGCCAUGUCCACCUACUCCUCCUCUCCUUCUUCUACCUCACCUUCCCCCUUCCCAACCCCAUUCUUCUCAUGCUUCAUUCGUGCUCUGCCCGCACCCAUAGACAGAUGCUCCCAGACUUGAAAGCAGACAACCAGAGACUAAAGGACGAGAACGGAGCACUCAUUCGAGUCAUUAGCAAGCUUUCCAAGUAGAACAGAACACCACCACCACCACCCCCCCACGCCCCAUCUUCUGCACCCCGUAGUCCCCCAUGGCAGUGACUAAUGGAAUUGCACAUUUAGAUAUUAAUUGCAACAGACAUCAGAGACAAGACUCCUUUUUUUUUUUUUUUUUUUUUUUUUUUUUUAAGAUCUCUCCUCCCAGCUCUUUAUCUCCCUGUUUGCUCCCCACCCCACUGCAGCACCAUCCAUCCAUCCUCCAUCUAUCCAUCCUCUACCCCUGCACCUCCGCCUCAACUAUUAUCCACUUAAUUGUGGGGUUGCUGAUGGAACCACUUGAGUUUACAGAGCAAAAGGAAGAAAGGGUCGUGUGAUCAGCAUGUAAAAGCAUUGUGGGCGGGGAAAGCCUGAAAACUAUUUAACCAAUAAGCCUUAGUUGUACAUAAAGAGAAAGGAAGAAAAAAAUCUCUCUCUCGCUCUCUCACUCUCACUGAAGAACCGAUAUUAUCCAACACCUGAUUUUAUUUGUGCCACAAUCUCUCUGAUGUAUUUUUCUUUUCUUUUUUGUUUCCUCUCCCCGUGUUAGUGUUGUGUGCUGUGCCGUUUCCUCUCUCCCUUUUUUUUUUUUUUAAACCCCUCAAAGUGCCACUUCUGCUCUAUAUCAGCUCCUCGUGGCCCCUAAUUUCUCCACACAGAUCUCCACUGCACGCACACUUGCCGCUCUUCCCUCAUUUUUUGUUACCUCUGUGUGUCUUCCUCCAAGAGGGAAACUUUUGAAUUCUCGCUUUAGCGAAACGAGGCAGACCUGGUGGAAUUUAAGCUUUCACUGUAUGUGCAAUAUGCAUUUCUUUUUUUAUGCUUUAAUGACGAGUCCAUCACAAGUAGGAUUUUUCGCUCGUCCACCGCUUCCAUCGCUCACCUUCCUCCUCUUUUUGUUUUGUUUUGUUUUAAGUUUGUAGUGUAGUCAGUUUAUACUAUUUCUCACUUUGUUUUAGCAGGUACUGAGUGAUGCUGUAUAUACCUGUAUGUAUUUGUUUGAGACCAGCACAUGGCAUGCAUUUAUGGUUCCCGUCUGUUACAAUUAAAAGUAUACAAAUUCCAGAGGACAAAAAGGUGUGUUUUUAAUUUUUUUUCUUUUCUUUUAUAGUCUGAAGACAUUGAAUACAAUACAGUAGAGCCUUUCUCUUACAGUGGACGGCUGGCAGUGUUCAGUGCUUCCCUUUUUUUUUUUCAGUUUAAAGUAAGUGUUCACAUAAUUGUGAAAUUUAAAAAAAUAAAUAAAUAAUAAUAAUCGCUUCACUACAUUUCACUUUCAUUGUAUUCAGUAUCUUGGAAGAGUGCUGUUAAUUUUGUCCAUUUUUUUUUCUUUUCUUUUUUUUUUUUUUAAAGCUGUAGUAUUAUAGCAAAGGUGUUGUCACUAAAAAGAAUAUCUUAGGUAUCUCUAACCCAGUCCUUUUUACAAUGUCUACAUGCACUGUCAAUGCCAUGUGAGGAGUCUUGAUGUCAGGUUAAAGCAAAAUCGCCACCAUCAAAUAUUCCAUGCAUCUGAACAUUUUAUGCAUUUCAGUGGCCUUUUUAAGGAUAUUUUAGUAACCAGUAUAAAACCCAAAUAGAAAAAGGAAAAAAAGGUCACUGCAGAUGGACUGAUGUCCAUCUACUAUGGUUUAGACUUUUUUUUUUUUUGGAUUUUUCUUUAUUUUAUUUCAUUCCCGUCAUCUUGUAAAAUAGGUGUGUGGCUUAAUACAUGCAAGCUGUGCUGUGACUACCAACCACUGAAGAGUUCAUUAAAAAUAAACUUGUACAUUGUAAA